AUGACUCUUGGGAAUCAUACUCUGGCAUUGGCAUCAUUUAAUGAAGCAAUGAAAUUAAUACCGUCAUAUUCUGAAUCGGACGCUUGGGAAGAACGAAUGAUUUUAAUGCGAAUUGAUGAAAAUAAAACUAUAUUAAAAUUAAUGAACGAUUCGUAAAUAUUAUUUUCGAUGGUCUUUACAUUUGACUAAUUUUUUUUCUUCUGAUUAGCACUAUCCCUAUAUUAUUUAAAUCUAAAAUACAAUAAAUACGAUUUUUAUAUGAGAAUCUGCCGAGGAAAGAAACACAAUUUAACAACAGUAGAAAUAAGAUUAGUUUUCAUUAUCAUCGACUUUUUUGAUAAAAUUAUUAAAAUAAUACUUACAACAAAGUAAAUUAUAUUAUAAUUUUCGUCUAAGUAUAAAGCUGUAUGGAAUUCAGUAUGACAGGAGGUAAGAACAACGUAAACAGAGUAUAGAAAUGCUGUAAUGUUUAUAGUGAAAGGAAGAUUUUUAUUAUGUUUUUAUGCAUUAAAGUGCAGUAGAUAAGAUAGAGUUAUAUGCAUACGAACAGAGAAAAGAUCAAGAUAUGACAAUAUACGUAUUUUAAGCAUACCCAGGUCGAACAUUACUGUGCCCGUAAACGGCCGUACACAGUCGUUUACGAUGACGUGAACGGCCGUAUCCGUCGAAAUUACGACCGUAUACGGGCCGUAAAUAACCCGUUUGGUAU